AUGAACAAAUCAAUUCUUCUUUUAGCUUUUAUUGCUUUUACUGCUUAUGUAAAUGCUCAAUGCGCUACUAAUGCUCAAGGAAAUGUAGGUUCUUGUAUGUGCAAUCAAGGAUAUUAUGGUACUAAUGCAGAAAAUGGAGGAAAUUGUAAUUAAUGUCCUUCAGGAACUACUACUGCUUCUCCUUCAUUAUCUACUGGAGGUAAUACAAAUGCUAGUGCUGAUGUAAGUGUAUGCAAUUAAUGUUAAGCUAACUUAUAUAUGACUGCUUCAGCUGCUGCUGCUUCUAAUGGUAAUGCUGCAUCUGCUGCUCAAUGUUCUACCUGCCCUACUGGAACUGGAAAUAAUGGAGUAUAAAACUAAGGUGAUCUUUCUUAAUGCAAUAUCUGCUAAGCUAAUUAUUACUAAACUGUUGCUGCAGUUGCUGCUUCUAAUGGAGCUGCUGCCGCUGCUGUUACUUGCUAAUCUUGUCCAAGUGGAAGUACCUCUGCUGCUGGUGCUGCAUAAUAAGCAAGCGAUUGUUAAUCUAAUUAAACCACAAGUUCAAAAAUAAUAUUGGCAUCAUUAUCUCUUUUAAUGUUAGCAAUAUUUGCUUGA